AAACAUGGCGGACGCCACGGCAACUCACGAAGGUCCAGACGCAGCUAAAGAUACAUCUACUCCCCUGAAUAACGGAUCAGAUGGAACAUUUAAUGGAAGAAUUACAUCCACCAGUCGCCCGUUCAGUUCUCAAGAGCCGUGGAAUAUGCUUUUUUACUGGAUGUCAGCUCAAUAUUAUCAACAAUAUUACUAUCAGCUCUGUUCCUACAUGUACUAUUGGCAAACGCUAGCAUCGCAUCCAAUGUACCAAGGAGCUUUUCAAACCCAAAGUGUCGAUCCACAGACGAGUUUAAAUCAACAGGGAGCACAGGCCGUUUUUGGUGGACAACAACCUCAAAAUAUCCAACAAAACCGUACAGCCCCUUGGUUGAAUUUCCAAGCUAGACAACCGGCAGUUAGAACAGCUUGUGAAGUUAAGCUUGCCCCUGUUUCUAAGAGGAUCUAUGCAGAAAUACUGGAUUUCAUCUUUCUCUACUUUACAAAGGUUCUUGUGUUCUCAAUAUUUUAUGAUGAUUUGGAGAGAUACACACAGUUACAAUACACUUUGAUAACAGAUGAUAAUACAAGUCUGAAAGAUAUUGAGGAACUUCUUAUACAAGCUUUGGUCUACCGAUUAAUAGUGUUUGCUUUUGAGGUGUUUUUCCUCAUGGGUGGACUACACGGUAGUGUUGGUGGUGCCACACCUGGCAAGUACCUCAUGGGAUUGUCAGUUGUGGCAACAGAGACCAUUACUACUGUGGCUCCUGGUUUUGAUGGUGACCGAGUUAGGAUUGAACCUGGUGGUAACCUGGGAUUUCGAAGAUCAUUUUUAAGAGCCCUUGUGAAGAAUUUCUCCAUGACUUUUCUUUUCCCAGUCUUUUUGACCAUUCUGUUUUUCCAGCACAAUCGCACCAUCUAUGAUGUAAUAGCCAAUUCUACAGUUGUUGUCACCGGUUCACCACAACCUCGACAAGCACAGGAUCGCCAUCAGUGACAGGGUUGAUAUAGUUUUUUGCAAAAUAAUUCAUUAAAGUACAUUGUUAUACCUUGUGUAUUUAAAUACUCUCCAAAGUUCCUCUACAUAGUCUUUGCCCACAUGCAAACACAGAAAAGAACCAUAAAUUUCAUUGAGAGGGAUAUUGAGUAGAAGUGUCAGUUUGAUUUUAUCUUGGACAGGAGCAGUAAGGACAGUAUUUGGGUGAAAUAAAGAAGAGUGGGUGCUUGAUAUACAUUUUAAGAUAACUUUCCCUUGUAAGGAAAACAGGAGUGUCUCUUGUUUGCACUUUUCAAGGAAGCUCAGAAGCAUUACUAACAUUACUUUAGGUGAGAAACAAAAUGUAAAAAAUAGAAAGUCACAGAAAAAGGUUCUUUGUGGCCUUUCUUUCCUCAAGUUGUAGCAUCAGUGUCUAUACCAGGAAAUUAAGAACAGAACACUUUACCAAUUGAAGAUAAAAGAGCCCAUUGUUCUUCUAAGGUGGUAUUCAUUUGGAGCAAACUUUAAAAAUAACGACCCCUUCAUUGGGGAGUUGUAGCCUUUUACCUUUCAAACAUAUGAAACUGAGUGGACAUCCCUGGUUCAUCUCCUGAGAAAUCAACAGUUGGCCUCAAAAUCAAGUAAGAGGUUAUUCUCAUGACCUUUAUAUUUGAUUGAAGGGUGAUAAAAUAGGGCGAAAUUAGAAGCCAGUCGCUCUUAGACGUUUAAGCAUUUUGAUCACUUGGCAUUAGUCUGUUACAAGCUCUCUGCGCAAAGCCCCUUCUUUGACAUUAUUAAUUGACAUUAUUAAUUGACAUUAAGUAUUUAGAAUGUUACUUAGUGUUUUCUGUAACUGUUCUUUUCACUUAAUUAUAACAAAGAAGGUGAGAUGUGAAAAAGGGAUGGAGUAUGUGAGGUGUGCAGGUUUGCAACAAUCGUAAACCUUUCCACUUUAUCAAUAAAUUUUAAUACCUUA